AUGGCGGACGAUCUGACCUCUCGCAGUCUCGCAGUUACCAUAGUAGAAGUCAGCUCUUUAAUGAUUCUCAAUGUAUUAUCUCUCUUAGGAAAUACCCUGGUUUGCAUUUUAUUUUACAAAAACGCACGACUGCGCACAACAACAAACCUAUACAUCAUUGCACUUGCUGUGAGCGACUUGCUAUCCGCCAUUUUCGUUAUGCCUUUCGGUAUUGGUGUGCUGAUCUCUGGUGAAUGGAUCUUUGGUGGAACGAUGUGCGAAAUUGGAGCUUUCUUCGUCUGUUUUGUCGCGUACGUAUCACCCGCUACUAUGAGCUUAACAGCAAUAAACCGAUACUUCAGGAUUUGCCAAUCGGAUCAGCAAUACAGGAAGUACUUUUCACCGUGGAAGUCACGAAUUUGGUUGGCCUGUGUGUGGAUCUUUGUUGCUUGUUACGCUGUGAUUCCAAAGUUGGCUGGUCUUCAAGAUUAUGCGUUCGUUCCGGGAUAUGGCAUCUGUGCCCUCGCCUUUCUAAGCGAAACUGGCAAAAUAAUCAAUUACUGCAUUGUCCUUGGUCUAUUGCUCGCUUUUCCUUUAACAGCAGCCAUCGUCAGCUACAUAAAAGUUGCAAAGAUGAUCCGACAACAUAACGAAGAGGUGUCAACUAAAAUUCCAAAGGAAAGUCAGAGAAAAGCGCGCAUAAGCGCACGAGAGAUCAAACUUAGUAAAUCUCUUUUCGUUGUUGUCUUUGCGUUCAUGAUGUGCUGGGCUCCGUUUUGGGUCAUCAUUGUAUUCAAGCGCUUCCGUGUUGGCUCGGGAAUGCCUCGAAAUAUUCAACUGUUGUGCUUGUUCUUACUCUAUUUGUCUAAUACAAUUAAUCCUUUUAUAUACGCUGGCAUGAAUCCCGUGUUCAGAAAAGAAUUUCGCAAAGUAGUUCUUUGCUAUUUUAACCAUAGAAUGACCUUGAGGAAGAGAAAAUCGCAGCAGUGUCAAAACAGUUGUGCGACUAGUACAGACUUCAGUGGCACUCCAAUGGGAACAAAAUCUUGCGGUUCACAAGAAGGAAAACAAUUACCGAAAACCACAAUUAAGGCUAACUCAGCCAUCGUCCUAUGCUCUAUUUAAAUUUCAUAAUUUAUAACAAGCGAAAAAAACAAAAACGCCGCUUAGGAAAUUGUCCAUAUUUAAAUGCUUACAAAACGAGCAACUGUGGACGUUUUUAUCGGGUUAGAAAACACUCUUCCUGGCGAGGGAUUGGUGUUCUAAGGCAGGCUAGAACACAAGCUUAUUUUAAUCACAAGACUAAAACAUAGUGUCUUUUGAACACUUUAGUAUAUUCAUCUGCUCAAAUUCACACCAAUUAUUUUAGAUCAUGUAAAUUAAAAUUAAUAAACAAUACACAAGUGGCUAAGUUAAUCUUAUGAAAAUAUUUCAAACAUCUUGAUAAUUGUAUGAAUCUCUAUCCAGUGUAACAUAUAUCAGUCCUAAUAAUGAUGAAUGUAAAUCUAAAUAAAUAAAAAACAAAAAUUCAAAGCAACCCCCACAGUAUUUAGUGAUUUGUUUCUUGGUCUUUAAUUGUCAAUAAUUGUUAAAUACAAUAAUUCAUACAGUGAACAACUCAAUUUAUUAUCAAAGAACAAAUAAUAAAUUAGAAGUGCGUCCGACAGUGAAGGGGAUUAACUGAGGCACUGGACACUAAAAAAAGAAAGCCCCUGAAACUAAAUUCUGCGGGGGCGAUUGCGGGGCAGCUCAAGGAACAGGUCAAAGGCAGCGAAAAUCCCAUGCUCGAUAUAUUAAAAUUCUAACAUGACUCCGAGGCUUUAGGGACAAAAUUGCACUAGAUUCCAUAUUGUAUUGCAAUUCCCAGAAGAGACUUGAUUACAAAUAAAACCAAACCAAAUAUCGAAAAAAUGGCCAGAAAGCCUCGGAGUAAUGUUAGAAUUUUAAUAUAUCGAACGUGGGUUAUUAAAGAGCCACUACUAUAAGCGGGGCCACCAAGAAAAAGUUGACCAAUCGGAUUACAGGAAAGUUUGUUGUCAAUCAUAAUCGAAAUAAACAACAUGAAGCAGGUUGUAAUCAACCGAUUACAACGUGCAGUCGUGACUUUUUGAACCGCGGAAGAAAUCCUGUAUUUCUUGAGAGGUCCGUUACGGUGAAUGACGGAGACGUUAGUUAAAUUUUUUACUUGAGGUCGUGAUGUUAUUGCAUAGCGCGGCAAUGGUAGCGAAGAAGUUGCUGGCAUGAAAAAAUAACAGCUUGUGUCAAACAAAUAUAUCUCCUGCAGGGUGUUAUACGUAAAGUAUAUAGAAAAGCAUUGUCUGGCGAAACAUUUCGCUUUCUUGUAAAAGGUUUGCUAUCAAUAUUUAAUUUUGCGCUUUUAGUAACUUGUUGUUUUUUUUUUUUACGAGCUGCUGAUUCGUCUUAAGACAACUUUCUUGUAAUGCAUUGUUAUUCUCCUGUAAUCCGAUUGGUCAACUUAGUCUAAGUGGCCCCGGUUACGGUAAUCGCACUGUACUGUACCCUUCCGACACAAAAAAAUCAUACAGUUGGAAAUAGUCCAGUUGUACCAGCCAAUAGCAAAGAGUUAUUUGAUAAGUUAAGAUAAUUAUCAUAUAAGCCUGGCUUUCCUAAAGGUCAAUAAACUGGGAAUAAAGGUAAAACAUAACAAAAUAUCUGGAAAAUCAAAAGCAAAAACUGUAUGAGAAUAAAUGAUGGUAAAAUAUAGCCCCGAGAUACAUAUUCAGUCAAUUUUAUCUUCAGGGCUUGAAAGAAAAUGGGCUCUAAAAAACAAUGACCUGUAUAUUGAUAAUCUGAUAAUUCAUUGGUAGCAAUUGAUACGAACACAAUAUUUUUAUGAAAAUCCCUAAUGAUAAGUGCUUUUGAUUGAGUAAGCAACAAUGUUGACAGAGGAAUAAAUAGUCAUAGACGGAACCAAGAACCUCUUAGUAACAUUUGAUCAAUAUUUUGCACACCCACGUGGCUCAUGGAUCAGAUCCAAGAAGAAAAAUGAAUAUGAAGUAUUUUUCCUGUUUUGAAAGCUCUGGCCUGCCUCCAGGAAUGACCGCUGAUCGGAACCGAAAAAUCCUAAAAAAGUUUGAGUUUUUACUCGUGAAAGUGUCUUUUCCUGUUUCUUAUUAAAAGCUGAUCGUGAGUUUCCUUCCGUUAAACGGUGGAAACGUAGUUGGUCUGGAGAAUAUGCUCUUAUUUAUAACUUGCAAAGGCCCAAAGUUCAAAACUGAAAUCUUUUAAAAAGAAGAAUGAAAGCCAAAAGCCUGUUAAAGACAAAACACAAGUUUAUGACAAACAUUCUCUGAGCUAAAACCAAAAUAAUAAAACCGAAAUAUUGCUGGGCCAAAUAUGGUGACAUGUACUGAUAGCGAAAAGGACCUUUGUAACUUCGCAAAGCAACAAAGGAACGAAACUAAGCUAAACUCGACUGCUUGCGACUUGUUAGUUUCUGUAAAGGGUUAAAAUGGAGAACGAUCUGAUUUCUCGAAGCCUCCCUGUGAUCAUUGUGGAAGUCAGCUCAUUAAUGAUUUUAAACAUCAUGUCGUUGAUUGGUAAUACCUUGGUUUUGUUUUCGGUUUACAAGAACACAAGACUUCGAACAGCAACGAACCUAUACAUCACGGCCCUGGCUGCGAGCGAUUUGCUUUCCGCUGUUUUUGUCAUGCCAUUUGGAACCGGAGUGCUCAUAGCCAGCAAAUGGGUCUUUGGUGAAACAUUUUGCCAGUUAAAUGCCUUCUUCAGCUUGUUUGUUAUUUACGUUUCACCUGUGACCAUAAGCUUAACAGCGGUGAACAGGUACGUAAAAAUGUGCAAAUCAAGUCAGCACUACAACAGGCUGUUUUCAGCGAGAAAGUCCCGCACUUUGAUCGCCUCAGUGUGGAUUUUUGUGGCUUGUUUUGUAACAAUUCCACGUUUGACCGGUCUUCAAGGGUAUGAGUUUGUCCCAGGUUAUGCUCAGUGCUCCAUUGUACAUCUCAACAAAGCUGGCAAAAUAAUCAAUUACUCCACUGUCCUUGCAUUCUUCUUCAUCGCCCCUUUGAUGGCCAUCAUCGUCAGCUACAGUAAAGUUGCAAAGGUGAUUCAAAAGCACAACUCAGAUGCUUCGUCUACCCUUGAAAGGCGGCGAAAAAAUAAACAUCACACUAGUCAUGAAAUCAACCUCAGUAAAUCCCUUUUUGCAGUCGUGUUCGCAUUUAUGAUAUGCUGGAUCCCAUUUUGGAAUAUAGUGAUUUUGUGGCGCUUCCAUCUCGUGCCAGGUAUGCCACGAAAUAUUCCUCUCCUCUGCAGGUUUUUGCUUUAUUUCUCCAAUGCCAUCAACCCGUUUAUUUACGCUGGGAUGAAUCCAGCGUUCAAAAGAGAAUUUCAUCAAAUUCUCUGC